AUGUCCCUCGAGACCGGCGAGCCGCCGAAACUGUACGGCGUCAACUUCCAGCCGCCGGUACCGAUCAACUUCGCGAACCCGCCAACGUGGGCGAAAUGGCUCAGCCGCUACGAAGACUACGCAGCAGUUUCCGGACUGACGCGAGCGUCGGAAUACAUGCAGGUACGCUCGCUACUGUACUGCAUGGGCCCGGAGGCCCGCCCGCUUCUCGAGACCUUUUCGCUCGACGCCCAGUCGCUCGCUUCAUACCAAGCCGUUGCCACCCGCUUCACUGAGCACUUCGUGCGCCCGGCAAACGAGCUUUACGAAUGGUCACGGUUCCACAGACGUGUUCAGCUGCCCGACGAAAGCGUCGACACGUACUACGCAGAACUGCGCAGGAUGGUUAAGCGCUGUAACUAUCCGUCUGCUGCUGUCGAGGAAAGGCUCGUACGCGACCGGUUCGUCGUCGGCCUCCGCGACUCCAGUCUCUCGGACCAGCUGUGCCGGAACGCGAAGUUGACACUACAGGACGGCUGGACACAAGCCCGUCAAUCCGAAGACGCCGACAGGGAAAAGGCGUUGCCCCAGAACCGCACCGAACACUCCCGCGAGCUCCACCUCGACGCCGCAAAAGCUAACAAGUUCCCCUCUCGCCGUCGCUCCGCCGCUAAGCCUCGUUCGCCGCAGUCGCUAGCAGAGCGCUCACGCGAGCCGUCCACAUGUGAAUUCUGCGGCCGCGCGCCUCAUCGAUGUUCAGACUGCCCGGCCCGUCGUUGCACCUGCAACUUCUGCAAAAGGAAAGGCCACUUUGCCGAAGUAUGCCGCUCGUGGAAGUUCAAGCAGUACAAGCUCAGCUCCGUUCACCUGCACGCCGUCGCGACGCCCACCUCGGCAAAGUUCGUCGACGUCACCGUUGACGACUACACAGCGCAGUUCAAAGUCGACUCCGGAGCCGAAGUAUCUGCUGUUCCCAGCGGCUUUCCUACCUUGCCUGCCAAACUCGACCAAGUCGACACUCUGCUCACUGGCCCGGGAGGACAGCCACUGCGCGUGCUGGGCUCGUAUGUGGCAAGACUUCAGUGUCAAGGGUAA